CUUCAACGGGUACUUUUUAAUCGAUUUAUUUUUAAAUCAGUCAGUGCGUACAAAGGCCAGCGAAGAGGGACCGUUUGACCAGACAGAAUCAACAUGGAAUCGUCUUUUUCUUUAUUCCUUGUUGUAUUGGUUGGAUCAACGUUAUACUCUUCAGCUGUGAGAAUUCCAAUUAAUUGGGCCGACUUGGGGGUGACUGCAGCCUCGACUUCAAUAGAAUCGGGAGCUACUAUGAUGGGAGCCGAAGCCAAUUAUCGUGUUGUGUGCACAAUUGAAGUAGAAAAUUGGACAAAAUACAACCUUGUCAAUCCUCAUGCUACCAUUAAGAAAGGUGAAUUACAGUCAUCUCCAGUUUUAAUCAGACCUACACUUCGAGAGAAAUUUACGGCACAUAAAUCCUAUUGGGGAUUUUCCGGAACGUACGGAGUGGCAUCAUGGAGAAUAGAUGAUGGGGAGGGACGACGAGCAGUUGUUAUGUGGAGCUGCCCGUAUAACUUCUGGUGGCACAGUAACCAUCUCGGUGUUGGAUUGGCGGAACCAUAUACUGAGCGUCACCGUGAUUGGUUUCACCAAAUGUACAACGAUAACGAAGGAAACGACAAUGGCUUGAGAUUUGUGACAUCUCGUUAUGAUAAACAAACACCUACGAUAAAAACAAACGAUGGAAAGUUUGAGAUAACAGGUAUCAUGGGAACAGCUCACAAAACAAAAGCUCGCGUUAUUGUCCGACCGGUAUUCGAAGAUGAUCUAGCUCCAAAUAUAUCGGACGCAUUACGUAAACGAAACUUAAUUUAAUAAAUGUUCAUGCGUGCUUUGAUUUCAUUAGUCUAAAAUAGAUUAAAUGUACGCAUAGUA